CAAAAUGGACAAUUUGCUGAUUGUACUAAUAUUGGCAGCAACAACAACAACAGCAAUUUUGAUCUUGUCCAUUAUAUUUCUCUACAGAAACAACAGCAACUUGAUCCUGAGAUCUAAACACAGAAGAAGGCCACUUCCUUUAGGCACUCUUGGAUGGCCAUUUCUUGGUGAAACCAUUGAGUUUGUGUCUUGUGCUUACUCUGACUGCCCUGAGAGCUUCAUGGACAAACGCCGCCACUUGUAUGGGAAGGUGUUCAAGUCACACAUAUUUGGAAGUCCAACAAUUGUAUCAACAGAUGCAGAAGUGAGUAAGUUUGUUCUGCAAAGUGAUGCAAAGGCUUUUGUACCAUCUUACCCAAAAUCUCUCACUGAGUUGAUGGGAAAGUCCUCUAUAUUGCUUAUCAAUGGAGCCUUGCAGAGAAGAGUCCAUGGACUCAUAGGAGCCUUCUUUAAGUCUCCACAUCUCAAAGCUCAAAUCACCACAGACAUGCAGAAGUAUGUCCAGCAAUCAAUGGCAAAUUGGAGAGAUGAUCGUCCCAUUUACAUACAAGAUGAAACCAAAAAUAUUGCAUUCCAAGUACUUGUCAAGGCAUUGAUUAGUUUGGAUCCUGGUGCAGACAUGGAGUUCCUAAAGAAACAGUUCCAAGAAUUCAUUGCUGGCCUUAUGUCUCUACCCAUAAACAUUCCUGGAAGCAGACUUUACAGAUCAUUACAGGCAAAGAAGAAAAUGAUCCAGCUUGUACAGAAAAUUAUACAAGCUAGAAAAAACGAGACUAGUAGCAUCUCCAACAAGGUUGCCAGAGAUGUGGUAGAUGUUUUGCUAAGUGACACAAGUGGGCAAUUGACAGAUGAUCUGGUAGCAGAUAACAUGAUUGAUAUGAUGAUACCAGGGGAGGAUUCAGUCCCAGUUCUUAUGACUCUUGCAAUCAAAUACCUCUCAGAUUCCCCCACUGCUCUUCAACAGUUAACAGAGGAGAACAUGAAGUUAAAAACACUCAAAGAUCAGCUUGGAGAGCCAUUGUGUUGGAGUGAUUACUUAUCCUUACCAUUUACACAAAAUGUGAUCACAGAAACUCUAAGGAUGGGAAACAUCAUCACUGGGGUGAUGAGGAAGGCCAUGAAAGAUGUUGAGAUAAAAGGGUAUCUAAUACCAAAGGGCUGGUGUGUCUUCACAUAUUUCAGAUCAGUUCAUCUGGAUGAGAACAACUAUGAUUGGCCUUAUGACUUCAAUCCAUGGAGGUGGCAAGACAAAGACAUGAGCAGCUCUAAAUUCACUCCUUUUGGAGGUGGACAAAGGCUGUGUCCUGGGCUUGACUUAGCUAGGCUGGAAGCCUCCAUCUUUUUACACCACUUUGUCACUCAAUUCAGGUGGGUGGCUGAGGAGGACACGAUUGUUAACUUUCCCACAGUAAGAAUGAAGAGGAGGAUGCCAAUAAGGGUCCAAAGGAAAGGGGACCACUAGAGCCAGCCUCAAAUUUGGCCAGAAAGUUUAGGUAAUUUGCACACAGAUGAUACAAAACAACCAGGACAUGAAAAGACAACAAAGAAAAGUGUUUUUAGCCCCAGUGCACACGUGUGGUGCAUCUGGCUCAUUUUGUCUUAUUUGAUAGUUUAUUGCACAUAUAGACAAUACAAUUAUCCGACCAAGAAAUAGACAAGUAUAUCAUUUUUGUGGGCCCCCUAAUUAAAUCCCUUGGUUUUUCACUUGUUCCUUUUUUUUUUUUUUUUUUCAU